AUGAACUCCAACCAGUAUUCCAAUCACGCUCAGAAUCCUCCUUCGUCGCCGAACCAAGGCUUUGUGACACCUGGCUACUUGAACGGCGCGAGUAUGAGCAGUUUGAACAACAUGAUGGGAGGAAUGAGCAGUAUGAACAUGAACAUGAAUGCAAUGAACAACAUGGGCGGUAUGGGUGGAAUGAGCGGCGGUCUGGGUGGUAUGGGUGGAGGUAUGGGUGGCAACAUGGGUGGAAUGGGUGGGUCUAUAGGAAGUAUGGGUAUGGGAGGUGGCAUGAACUCGGUGGGUUCGAUGAACCCGAUGAACUCGAUGGGCUCAAUGUCUGGUAUGAGCAAUAUGGGUGGUAUGGGAGGUAACAUGAACGCCAUGUCCAUGUCGAACAUGGGUGGUAUGCGCCCUCAAGGAAACAUCAAUCCAGCCCAACUCAUGGGAAUGUCUGGUGGCGGUGGCGGAGGAGGAGGAGCCGGAAUGGGGGGAAUGGGGUUGUCGCCUACUCAGUUGCUCCAGCAGCAGCAGCAGCGCAUGUCCAAUAUCGGUCAAGGUGGCAUGGGUGGUGGCAUGGGCUCGAUGAACGCGAUGCAGCCGAACAACAACAACAUGAUGUCAAACUCGAUAAAUCCAAUGUCAAUAAACCAGGGCAGCGUCGGCAACAUGGGCGCCAUGGGGAACAUGACGAUGGGACAGAACCCCAUGCAAAACCCUAUGAAUCAAGGCAACAUGGGCUCGAUGGCCUCGAAUUACCAGAGCCCUGGACCGUCGUCCAUGACCUCACCGACCGAACCUAUUGCUAGACCGGGCACAAGCAUGUCUAUGCAUUCGAAUUCUGGUGCAGGUGGUUACCCAGGUCAAGGUAUGGGUGGGAUCGGUAGCAUGGGUGGCGGCAGCUCGAUGAACUUGGGUGGAAUGGGUGGUGGAAUGGCAGGAGGAAUGAAUACCUCUUCCCUGUCUUCUGCUCAAGGACAUUCACAACCUUCUUCCCAUCCUCAAAAUAUGCAACCUCAUGGUCCUCAAACACUACAUGGUCAGCCCCAUGGACAACAACAUUCACCUACUGGACCACAAUCCAGUCCACCGUUUCAAGGGAACAUGCCUAAUGCACAGACUCAAGCGAUGCUCGCGAGUGCCAUAUCCCAUCUUGGGUACUCGAACGAUCAAUUUCGAGGUCUUCCUCUUCCCGAGCGCCAGAUGGUGAUUCACAGAGCUUGGUCAAUUGUCAAUGAACGGAUGAGGAGUAUGCAGGCUGCUAGCCAAGCUACUGGUAUGGGCGGAAUGUCAGGUCAAGGUCAUGGUGGUCCUACAGGUCAAGGUCAAGGUGGAAUGCAAGCAAUGCACCCAAAUCAAGGACAGAUGCAUAUUCCGAACCAUAAUCAAGGCCAACAUCACAGUCAAGGCCAGCAGCAACCACAGUCAUUACAUGAACGGCCUCCGUCGUCUGGUUCUUCUCAUUCACAGCACGAGAUGAUGCCACCACCACCGCGUCCAGGAACGUCGAUGAGCAUGUCGAGACCUGGUACGGCCAUGGGUAUGGGUCAUCCUGGUUCGAGACCUGGUACUUCUCAGGGAAGUCAGCCUGGCCUUGGAAGAACCGUCAGUGGAUCUGGUCGGCCUCCUUCGACGGGACGAUCAAGCGUACCACCAGGUUCCCCCAACAUGAGCGGUGUAGAUAGCAUAUAUCUACAACAACCUCAAACGUCGAAUCAAAGCCAACCACACCCGACUCCGAAGAUGGGAUCUACAGCAUCGUCUCCUACGCGGCCUACUAUGUCUCAAACACCGAUGCAGCAGAAUAAUUCGAUGUCACAGAUUCCCGUUAAUGGAAUAGUGACUGCUGGGAUGACGCCUCAAGGGAUGGUCCAAAAUAUGAUGGGACGUUCAGGAAGUGCGAAUAGUCUGAUGGGAGCUAAUCCUAUGGGUGGUAUGGGUGGUAUGGGUGGAAUGCAUGCCCAAGGUCUGAUGAAUGCGCAGAGCCCCAUGUCCCAGGGUCCUUCCGCUGUGCAACGCCACGGGUCAAUGCCCCCUCCUCAUACGCCUCAGACUCCUACACAUCCUCAAGCCCCCCAAUUACAGAUCCCACAACGAAAUCAUACUCCCCAUCCGCCCAAUUCGAGACAAGGUUCUUUACCUCCUCCUGGAAGCGCUAGUAAAAUGGCAGGUACACCUCCAAAUCGAAUGACGUUACCGAUGCCUGGUAGCAACAUGGGCAGUAGCAUAGGCAAUAUGAGUAACGCGUCGAUGGAGAGCCUGAAUAGCCUGCACUCAGGUGAACACGUACCACAACCGAAUGGACAGGUUCCCAUAGUCAAACAAGGAUCAGUACCUCCACCUGCUACCCCGGCGAUGUCCCAGUCAAGCUCUGGUCAGUCGAAUGUAUCCCAAACGGCACCUACCAACACUGCCUCUCAAGCACUUAAUGCUUCUACGCAGCCCCCUUCUUCACAACCUACGCCAGCCAACCCAAACGGUACUCAAGCUGUUUCUUCGAAUGGUCCCGUUCAGACACGACUGCAGCCACCACCUCCCUUACCUUCCUCUGUGUCACUCAAUCCUGCCAUAACGCGCGUAACGCCCGUUCCAGUCGUAGGAAGCGAUAAGACGAUUCCUCAACUGAACCAGGAAGAGAUUGAGAACAUCAAAAACUGGAUCAAGAUCGACGAGGCUUACGAGGGUACCGUGACUCGUGAGGGUAAAGAUGGGGUUAAGGAGAAGGGGUUGGGUAUUUGGAAGAAACAAAAGGAGCGGAUGGCGAAGGAAAUGAAGGAUAGUUUUGGACAUGUUACGCCUGGCGUACUACCUGCUCCUGAUGCUGAUGGUUUGGAUCGCGCAGCCCUCCAUUCGGGUGCGUGGUGGGAACGUGGGGGUGCUGCUCAUGGAAAAUGGCUCAAUCCUACUUGGGAGUGGUGGGAAGCUAGAUAUGCGGGUGUUUCUGGGAGACCUGUGGAUAAGAGGUUUGAUGUGAGGUAUCCUGGACAGUGGGCUCGUCAUGUCAAGCAGAAGGAUGCACAGCAGGGGAUUAACCAGGGAAGUUCUAGGGGAAGACAUGGUAGGGAUGCCGGAGGGAAAGAUAGCAAGGUGGUGAGAAGGGAGGGAUUAAGAGUUCCGCGAACACUGAAACCGGAAGACGUUGACACGCCAGAGGAGCUCGUGCCUAUACGGCUCGAGUUUGAUGUCGAUCAUCAUAAGAUGAGGGAUACCUUUGUUUGGAACUUAAACGACCCCGUCGUAUCACCGGAAUCCUUCGCUCAAUCUCUCGUAGAGGACUACGGUCUUGCACCAUCUUAUCAUUCGCAGAUAGUCAAGCAGAUACAGGAUCAAAUCAGCGAUUACAAAGCCCAUUCGGCGAAGUACACGGAGGAUGGUGAUCCUUUACCUAUCCCGCGUCAUGAAUUAGAGAUGGCCAUCUGUAAAGGUGCUAUCGGAAAGGAGGAAAGUAAAUGGUGGGAAGGAUGGAGAAAGCGCGUGAGAGGGCAGGAGAAUCAGAAGGAGAGGAAGAGGAGGAAGAUCUCUGGUCGUACGGAGGAUCCGAAUGAUGGUGAUGACGAGAAUACGAUGAUGAAUGGGGUGGUGGAUGAACCUAUGGAGGUGGGACAGAUGAAAGUCGACCAGACCAUGAUGCGUGACGAUUUAAGGAUUUUGAUCAAGAUUGACAUAAUAGUUGGCUCCGUAAAACUAGAUGACCAGUUCGAAUGGGAUAUCGACAAUGUCUCCUCUUCGCCUGAAUUAUUUGCAGAAAUAUAUGCACAAGAUCUUGGGUUGAGUGGCGAGUUCAAGACCGCCAUUGCACAUUCAAUACGCGAACAAGUUCAGACUUACCAAAAGUCCCUCUACCUCGUCGGUCGACCUCCUGACGGCUCACCUAUCCAAGACGAAGAUCUUCGUCAAUCCUUCCUUCCUGCACUCUCCGAAGCCCCCCGGGCCUACGAACAAGUCGUUAACUUCACACCUAGACUCGACUAUCUCUCCGACGGUGAGCUCGAUCGCAACGAGAAAGAGAGGGAUAAGGACUACAAGAGAAGAAAGAGGAAUACGCGUGGCCGUCGCGGCGUCAAUCUACCGGACAGGGAACCUAUACGUACAUGUCGGACGCCAGCGAUUGGAUUCAACGAUACAGGCGAAGCUGAGGGAAUUAACGCCUCCGGAAACACCGGUAUCAUGCCCAGCACGACAAGACGGGCUGCUGCCGCUGCUGCAAGUGUUACGAUUGCGAACAUGGUGGCGUCUGAGAAUGGAAGCAGUCCGCUUAUGGGACAGGCCCUCUUGCCUGGGCAGGUUCCUUCACUGGUUAGCACACCUCAGCCGCAGCCCCCGCCACCGCCACAACCCAAGAAGCCUAUACCCAAAGGCUUGUACAAGCCUCCUCCCGUACCCUCCGAAGUCCUCAAACCUCGAGCAAAGGUCCCAGCUCCUAUACCUUCUACUGCAGUUGGCGGUGCGAACACUUCCAGUGGGGCUCCUGAGAGUUCCAUGAGCAUCGGUACUGGUAUGGCGGCACCGAAAGGGAAAACUAUCGUUAUCACUGCAAAGAGAGCGAAAGAGCUUGAGAGAGAGGCAAAGGAGAAGGAGUUUGCUGAUGGACAGCAUGCGAAUUUUAUUGAUGGCGUCUGGCACUGUUCGAAUUGUGGUUGUCCGGAAAGCAUAGCCGUGGGUAGACGGAAGGGACCAUUGGGUGAUAAAAGUCAGUGUGGAACGUGUGGUAAAUACUGGCAUCGUCAUCGUCGACCUCGACCCGUGGAAUACAACACUAGCCCCGACUUCCAUCUGAAUCAACGGGAUUCCGAGGUGCUAUCAAAGUCAGUUCUCACCGCUCCGAAGCGUAAAGGUCGUCCUCCGGGCUCGGGCGCAAAUCCAAGUGCUGCCGCAACACCAGAACCCGCAACACCUCUUACACGGCGAAGGGAUCUUGCAAUGUCUGACCGAGAAACACCUUCCAGACGACAGACACCGCUUCCUAGAAGACAGAGUCCGCCGGCUAGGGCAGUCUCGCCAACGUUGUCAACUACCUCCAGUGCAUCCGAGAGCCCAUUGGCUUUGAAGGUUAAUGGCAAUACCCCUGCUCGUGGGGGUACAUCUCCGAAGCCGCCAAUGCCAAAUUCGAAUUCAGCGAUAUCGCCUAGACCAUCACUUUUAGAUACCCAUGACGCACCAAGUUCAGACGUGAAGGAGGAGGAAGGGGCAGCAGUGAGUGCACCUUCGAGUACUUCUGGAACGAAGUCGUGGCCUCCACAAUGGCUGACAGCUGCGAUGCAAGCCAAGCAGAGUAAAUACCCGAACGACAACUUUGAAAUGGUCUUGAGAAAGAUGGCUCCUGGUCUCGAACCAGAAUGGAGGAUCAAGUGUACAGACUGUCCUGGAAAGCUGUAUAAACCUGGACCGGGCGAGACUUUAUCAAACUUCGAAAUGCACCUAACGAAUAGAAAGCAUCGGCAGAGGGUGGACGAUAGGAUUAAAGAAGAUGAUGUUUAG